AUGUCUUCCCGGAGUUCGACUCGUUCCGGAUCAGAUGCAUCCGUGCCUCCCAUUGACGACAAUGGCCCUUCGCGUGCGUAUAACAUUCUGAGACCGAUGUUGCACCGGCACUAUGACAUUAAAUCGGCCGACGACCAGCCUCUAUUCUAUGGCGAAGUGUCAGAGUUCACUCCCAGCAAGCCAGACCUUAUUCUCUAUGCCGGUGCCAACGGCCAAGCACCAGUUGUGGCCGUCUCCAAAUUCCAGAAGAUGUCCGGAAGCUGCAAACUAGGCCUUGGGGACCCGGACGAUAUCAACAGUGUGAAAUGGGAGGACAUGACCAGAGAGGUCAUCUAUAAAUCGAGAUACCGCAUCGAAACGACGAUUCAACACCAAUUUGCUCGGACUGAGGGCGAAAGGCGUUCUUUCUUGUGGAAGCGAACGCGCAGUGUUGGUGUUGACGACUCGGCACCCUCCAAAUGGACCACGCAGAACUACAAACUGGUGGACGAGCAAACCGAGCAGAUUGUGGCUGUUUUUACAGGCACGAAAAGACCGGGAAAAGUCGGGAAACUUCAGAUCAGGGCGGAAUACGGAACGGAUUUUGAUCGAAUGGUUUUGAUUUCCUGUCUGAGUCUCUGUGAGAAGGCGAGGCGGCGUAGACACGGUGCAGGCAGUGGCGGCGGCGGCUAA